AUGGCGGCGCCUCCAGCUCUCGGGGCCUUGGGUCUCACCUUUACCGUCAUGCGGGCCAUGCAAUUCAUCGGGCUCGUCAUCAUCAUUGGCCUGAGCUCGAGCUUUGUGUCCGAGAUUGUGGUGUCGUCUUACGCGGCGCCUCCAGCCCUCAUCGGCACUCUUGUCAUUGCCUGUCUCGCUGAGGUCUACGUCAUCAUCAGCUACAUUCUCUACUGGGAUUCGCUUCUUCCGCUGCUCAUCGCGACGGCGGCCGAUUUCCUCUGCCUCAUUGCCGGCAUCGUCGUCGCAUGCGUCGUGGGCAAGCCCGUCAGCUACCUCAACUGCAACGCCUUCCCCGCCAAGGGUAAUACGGCCGUCUUCCUCAGCUCGCUCUUCGUCAACGUCAAGCGGCUGGGCGGCGACACGUUUGAGUGGGUGGGCCCCAGCAAGCCGUCGUGCCUGCAGCUCAAGUCGAUCUGGGGCAUCAGCAUCGCCCUGUGCGCGCUCUUCACCCUGUCGACGGCGACGACGGCGUGCCUGUGGCGCCGCCUCAAGGGCAGUGCCGGCCCUCCCCCGCCCAAGGAUCUCGAGUGA